CAAUGAUACACCCGUGGAUGUUUCUCCAGCCAUGUCCAACAAUAAUGUUCAUCGACGGCGUUGUGAGCGCUCAUUUAGUUCUGGAAAAUAACUCCCAAUGGAGACUAGUUUGUCGUUGUCGUAAGAGCAUCUUCACCGUGCCGGCCAUCUUCAUGCUACGUGAACCCGCUGCAUGCCGAUACGGACAACCUGGUGCAAACAUGGCAAUACAGUAUGUUGCUUCCACUCAACAAACAACAGACAUCCAGUUGUUAUUGUGCUUGAGGCCCUUUCACUGAGCAACUUCCCACACAUCGGAUAUCUUCCUGAAAUCUGUCAAGUGGACAUUGUAUGGAAAAUGUACUGCUCUCACAACAAAGCCAUAAGCAUCCGACGAUCAAAUGCUGUCCCAACUGCUUCUCAGCACAUCCGGGACACUUUUUGGUGCCAAGACGUCACCCGCCCCUCCAGCAACAUUUGUCUUUUCCCUAAUUGAUUGAGGAACUUAAUUAGGUCCGAUUAAAACGUCAAUGAAGACAUAAGAUGGGACGGUUGGAUGACGAAACUGCAUUCCAGUCCAAUAUUCCCGUGCCCCUGGACAUCACCGUGGCUGUGGUGUAUUCACUCUUUGGAAUAUGUUCAUUGUUUGGCAACAGCACUCUGCUGUAUGUGUCCUACAAGAAAAAACAUCUCCUGAAGCCGGCCGAGUUCUUCAUCAUCAACUUAGCCGUCAGCGACCUGGGCCUGACGCUGUCUCUCUACCCUCUGGCCAUAACAUCCAGCUUCUACCACAGGUGGCUGUACGGGAAUACGGUGUGCUCAAUCUACGCCUUCUGCGGCAUGCUGUUCGGCAUCUGCAGUCUGAGCACCCUCACCCUGUUCAGCAUGGUGUGCUUUGUCAAAGUGUGUUACCCACUGUAUGGAAACCGAUUCAGCUGCAUUCAUGGCCGUCUGCUGGUGGCCUGCGCUUGGCUCUACGCGUUGUUGUUCGCUUGCUGCCCGCUGGGCCACUGGGGCGAGUACGGACCGGAGCCCUACGGCACCGCCUGCUGCAUCGACUGGCGCCUGUCCAAUCGGCUGCCGACGGCGCGCUCCUACACCGUGGCGCUCUUCUUCUUCUGCUAUAUCCUUCCGUGCGGCCUCAUCCUGGCGUCCUACGCGGGCAUCCUCGCCACCGUGCACGCAUCGCACAAGACCAUGGAGCAUCAUGGGUCCAGACACAUGCACAUGAGCCGCAUCCAGAUCGUCAUUAUCAAGCUCAGCAUGGCGGUGUGCAUCGGUUUCUUUGUGGCGUGGAGUCCGUACGCUCUGGUGUCCAUGUGGGCUUCCUUCGGCAACAUCGAAGACAUCCCGCCUGUGGCGUUCGCCAUACCGGCCAUGUUCGCCAAGUCCUCCACAAUCUACAACCCGAUCGUCUACCUCGCAAUCAGGCCCAACUUUCGCAAGGUAAUAUUCAGGGACCUCGCCGCGCUAAAACGCCGCACGGGAAAGUGCUGCUGCCAUCCAAGAGUCAAGGUGAGACUUCAGUUAGUCCAAAGACGGACAGAGCAGUUUCCUUUGCCCACCUCCUCCACGCAACCUCCUAUGAUAGUGCUGAACCGUCACAAAGAUCCUGCUGAAUGCUCCGGACACGGUCCUCAAGUGUUCUGUGUUGCGAACGCUGCCGCUUAUGACGAAUCGUCCAAGGAGAGGGUCGGUCCAAGUGUGAGCCACACCAGGUGCCUGCUGUGCCUCACGUGUGCAAAGAGAACUCCAGAUAGUUUCCAUAUUAAUUUGGAGUUGGUUCCCGACAAAGCAAAAGUGGCCUGGCCUUAAUUUUACCUACUCACUUCUUUUUCAGGGUGUUCUUUAUGAUGUUGAGCAAUGGCAUGAAACAUUGUUAAGGGAAGUACGAUAAUCUAAUCAUCAGGCUAUAGCCAUGACAUUGACCUUGGUUUCCAAGUUUUACAAGUGUACAGGGUGUCGCUGGAUCUCCAAAAAAAAUAGCAAAUUUUCAUCACUGAUGGCUUUAUGUGUCCCAGAAUGUAUUUUUUGACACUGAUUUCCAAAAUGCCUUUACUUAUUUUUCUAGCACAUUCGUUUUUUCUUUUUUUUAACGUAUAAAAAGCAUGUAGAACACGGAUUUUACAAUGCGUUGUACCGAAAUUGAUAGCUAUGAGGUCUCAUUUAAAAAAAAAAAUCCACCUGUUGCUGAGCCUAAUCUUUAAUUCAUAAAUACAGGAUUACUAAAGCCCUUAUUGCAAUGAAGGGCGAACAAUUCCAACUGUUGACGAAGGUCGAAACAAAGCGUUCACGUGUUCGCCAAACAGUUGCCUGACCUACGCCUGUACUUUUCUUGUCGCAAGGGAAUUUUGAACAUUUUUCAAUGACA